GGGGUAAUUGCGAUCAGUACUUUAGCCUGUCUCGAGUUCACUAGGUAAAUCCUGCCCCACAGGUAAGGUGUCUCUGGGGUCCACGAUGUUUCCGUUAUCCCUGUAUCUACUGAUGGCAGUGACCCCGCGCCUGGCCACUGCUCAACUCACCUUUCCGGAGGAAAUGUUGAAAGACAAUUUGACACCUUACAGUUGUCGUCUGAGCCCAGUGACAGGCCCUUGUCAAAGCCAGAUGAGGAGGUACUUCUAUAACAUCACAUCCGGUCAAUGUCAGCCCUUUAGUUACAGUGGUUGCAGAGGAAACGACAACAACUUCCACACACUCAAACAGUGUGUUGGUUCUUGCAUCUGUGCCCAGCCUGCUAUUGGCAAACCUUGCAGCAGUAAUAACGUCAUGAGGCUACAAAGGAUAUAUUUUGACUCUAAGUCUGGCCAAUGCAAACAGCUGGCGUAUGGAACAUGCCAGGAAAAUAGCAAUGUGUACCCCAGCCUUCAUCACUGUCAGCAGACAUGUUCGCUCUGUCACUUGAUCAAAGACAGUGGGCCAUGCAGAGGCAGUUAUCGUAGGUUCUACUUCGAUACCACUCACAACAGAUGUGUUGAGUUUUUCUAUGGUGGAUGUGGUGGUAAUGGCAACAAUUUUAUAAGGAAAGCUGAAUGUGUAAAAACGUGUUCUCAAAAGCGAAACAUUUCAAUUCGGAUUGUUAAGAAUGGACAAAUGCAAAAGCUUUCAGAACCAUUUCUAAAUAUGUUAAGAUUGAGAUAUCCAAAUAAAUCAAGUAUCAUUGGUCCAAUUUCAAAACCGGUUGCAAGUGUACAAUUACCUAAAACGUUGUCAUUACGUCCAGGCGGCUUUCAAAUACCUUUUGUUUCAUCACACACAAACAACCAAACUUCCAACAAUGGUAAACAUCUUACCUUACAAAACAUCCCGAGAGGAGUGGACAAGCCAAAACGUCACCUGCGAGUAUUCAUGGAACACGCACCAAAAGUGACCCACCAUAAAGAAGUUACAAAUUCAGCUGAAGAAGCAGGUAUUACAGAGGAACCUCCAGAAAACGAAGCCAGGAAAACCUAUCCUUCUUCAACUACACCACCACCUCGAAGCACACCAAGAAAAAUUCUAUUCCGAUUGAGGUUUGGAACGACAAAUAAAGAGAAACUAAAAUUUACCACAACCACAAACCUUCCAAUUCAAGGAAAGGGUAUUAAGCCCAAUGAACAAGCAACACCAGCCUUUUCUGUUUUAGAGGUUUCCAACACUUCAGAAAAACGACAGGUACUAAACAAAUCUUUGCUUGGACCUAGCUGGACUGUGCGUGGUGGUAGGAGAAGUGCUAUGGCAAGGGACAAGCAGCCAUAUUUAUCUGGAUAUAUAAAUAAUCCGAUAGGUUGGACAGUAACUGGAAAACCCACAACUACAACACCGAUACAAUUGACCACGUCACCUGUAAGUACAGGAAGUUCCCAUGCCUCAAGAACACGUGCAACUCUAAAUGGACAGUCUGCUGAACUACCUGCAUCAGUAACUAACAUGUCAAGCCUCACUACCUCUACUGCCGUAAAAUUCAUUUUGAACCUUAUCAGUACACCAUACAGCCUGAUGAAUCAUAAUCAUGGUAUGGCGUAAAUACAGCUGAUCACUCUUUCAAAGACACCCUUCACAGAUCUGCAUCAAGCCAGCCACGAGUAAAGCAAUAUAUCGAAUUGCAAAGACAUCAUCAAAGUAUUGUAAGCAGUAAUGCGGUUUUCAUUUCGACUUGUUGACACCCACAUCCCUUCAGUUGUAAGUGGUGUGUGUUACGUAAAUAAAGCAGGAGCCCUUCAUGGGGCCUUUUACCCACACUUGACAA